AUACAGGAAACGUCACGAGCACGUGAUGUGUUUUGGCUUACGUGCCGUCUCAUUAUUAGAACACGUGCUAUAACGGGGAUAUUUUCAGAAUGAAGAUGGAUGCAUCUUCACUAUUACACUGUUUCAAAAUAUCUUUAAAGAAAUGAAGGAUGUACACUAAUCGAAUUUUAUAUAUUAUAGUUUUUAUAUGCAUUGAUAUACUCGUAAACAAUUUAUUUUCCAUUAUAGCCCAGGAUAAGGAAAAUACAUUAAAAGCAGAAAUAAAUACGGAAAAAAGUCACGAUGAAACUUCAUUUAAAUCCGAAAGAACAUCAAGAAAUCAAGAAGAUUCAAAUGAGGAUAGUGCAGUUCUUCACAAUGAUGAUUUUCACCAGGAAAACAAAGAGUUUGAAUUAAUUGAUAUCGUGGAUGAAAUGGACCAAUCUCAAAAUUGGGACUAUCAGACUAAAAAUAAUAAUAAUAAUGGUUUAAAUCCCAAUGAAAUUCAAAUUAAUUAUCGCAUUUGGAUCAUCUCACAUUACAUCGAGUUAAUAUCUAAUGAUAUUUUUCAUUACAGUUCGAUAUUUAAUAACGGAAAAUACGAUAACGAAACAAUUUUUGUAAGUUUUUAUUCCGAUGCUUAAACUCUAAAUUAUUAUCGAUGUACAUGAUCAUGAUUAACGAAUGUGUAAAUAUAAAAUAAAAUUUAAAAAAAUUGUAAUUAA